CGCAAUCAGAUGGGUGGGCAGGGGGUAAAAGAGGCGGAGGUAAAAGUUUGACAUACUUAAAACAAAGACCAGAGGAACUGUGAGAGCUAGUUUUUUCAUCAGCAUCUGUGCACACGGUGUUAGCAACUGAUUUAAAGUUGCAACUAGGACAAAAAAAAAAAAAGGAGAAUAUAGUGGCUGACAACUGAGAUAAAGGAGAGAAAAACCAGAAGGAGCGGGGAGCAGCUGGAAACCACCAGAACAAACAAAAUCAUACGAGAAAAAAAGCAGGAAAAACAGCUGAAAGAAGAAAGAGUGUUGUUGAGCCGAGCAGAGAAACCAAGUGACCUGCAGUCAUCCUGACGAGAAGCAAAUCUGGAGGAGGAACAGCCAGAGGUCCAACGGGCCACACAUCACAACUUCACCAUGAGUCUGAGCAGCACUCUGGAGAAGGGGGCCCACCACCAGGCCCUGGACCUCUCCGAGGAGCUGCCGCCUCACCUCCAUCACCACUCCAACCACCAGCAGCAUCUCCACCAUUCCAACUCCCUGGCAUCCACCACCGCUGUGGGCGGAGGUAGAGAAACCCCGUCGCGUGUGGUCAUACCUCCUCCAUAUUCCGCUGCCGAGAGUGGCGUUGUGGGGAGCGAGGCCCCUCUGGAGCUACGUGGGUCGCUGGACUGCUGGGCCUGCUCGGUGCUGGUGACGGCCCAGAACCUGGUGAUUGCCGCCAUCAACGCUUGCCUCGCCGCCGUUGUGUUCGGCACUAUCCUGACCCCGGCCAUCGUCAUGGUGGUGUUCGGCUUCCUGUGUCACUCUACGGUUCGCCCCCACGGCACGACCCCCUACUGCUCCGACCUGCUGACUGACGGAGGCUGCGUGGCUCUGCUGGUGGUGGGCUUCCUCCUGGUCACCCCUCUGCUGGUCCUGGCGUUGGCCGCGUACUGCCGUCUGGCCCGACACCUCCAGCUGGGCCUGUGCUUCAUCCCGUACAGCCGGGCCGUGUACAAGAACCUGCCGGCCACCCAGCACCGCGGCCUGGGCACCGGCUGCUGCGGCGGCAGAAACGGAGGCGAGAGCGGUGGGAAGGGAAAGGUCUGGGUUUGAGAGAGGAGAGAAGCAAGGCGAGGGGGCGAGCGAGACUAUUUGAUGACAUCAACGGGAAGCAGAAUGAAGGUCGGGUAGAAUGAUUCAGAAACAGGAGGAAAAAAU